AUGGCGCAUGUUACAGUCGUUUCUGUCCUGCUGAUAUUAAGUUUUUUCCAGUGUAAGACACUAUUUUCCACUAGUCUGGCAAGUGGACAACCAGAUGCAGUGGAUGCUCUUGGGCUACAUAAUGUUCUGUGGAUUACCAAGCAUGAGUCAAGAGUUAUUCUGUCCUGGAACAAUAACCUGACAAAAGAAGAAACUGAGAAGUACACUGUGAAGUAUAUUUUGAGUUAUAAAUUCUUCAAUACCACUCAUGAAAGGAAAGAAAGACUGCAGGAGAAGAAAAAGAUAAUACGUCUUCAGUUACAUUCUGGUUUUAAUGCUAAAGUUAAAACACAACUUUUUGCAAAAGAAACAGAAGACGUAAUUAAGGAGAGUGGCUGGACAGAAUAUACUUACAAGGCACCUCCAGUAUAUAUUCAGAAUCUUUCAUGCAUCAUAUAUAACAUUUCUUUUUUCAAUUGCACCUGGCAUAUUAAAGCAGAAGCUCCUGAAGAUAUCCAGAUCUUUUUUUCAUACAGACACGUAGGAAAAGAUUUUGAAUGCCAGCAAUAUAUAAAAAAUGCAAGGAAGAAAAAUAUUGGAUGCCAUAUGAAAGAAAUAUAUUUCCAACCAUCAAGAAAAAUCAAUUUAAACAUAACUGUAAGAGAUCUGAGAAAUAAUUCAAUAGGACUGUCUUAUUACAAAGCUUUUAUACCUCAGACAAUAGAGAAACUGAACCCGCCCAUCAAUGUCUCACUUUCCUUUGAAAACGGAAGUAUUAAAAUUCACUGGAAACCCCCAUCUACUAUUGGUUCUGCAACUAACACGUGCUUUUUGUAUCAAGUGAAAAUAACAGAUCGUAAGACUGUAGAUGUCACUGAAGAUAAAUAUGAGUACCCAUUUCAUAAGCCAGCAAACAAAUGUGCAGCACAAGUGAGGGUAAAGAAAGAGAGAUGCAUAAGAAACAAGAUUUGGAGUGAAUGGAGCGAACCAGUGUUUAUUCAUGAUGAAGAAACAGUGGACUUCAUGCUGCUAAGCCUCACGUUGUUUUGUCUCCUGAUCUUCCUUGGAGGUUUGCUGAUAUGUGUGUGUAGAAGGUAUAGAUGUCUGGAAGUUAUAACCAUGCCUGUUCCACAUCCUUCAGAUAAUAUCAAAACUUGGUUAGCUGCAGAUGAGACUCACCACCAGCAACAAAUAUCAAUGCAAAUGGAGAUGCACUCAGAGGUUACUAUGAGAAUACCAGAAGAGAACGGAGACGAGAACAUUCAACAACAGAAAUGUUUGAAGGAAUCGGGAUUAGAAGACCUGUAG